CCAAAGGAGGGGAGGGGCCCUCUGUGCUGGCAUCGGGUGGGGUAGCGGCUCUGGGGGCUCCUGCCCGUCCCAGGCCUCAGGUCCGGGCCACACGGGCUGUACCAGGCCCGCCCGCUCCACCUGUCAGCAGGUUCCAGGUCCCUGGGCUGCGUCUGUCCUGCCUGCCCUGGUCCAGCCGCCCUCCUCUCCACCUGCCCCACCCCCACUCACUUCCCAGGAGCUAGAAUGAUCUUUCCGGAACUUACCUUAGGACGCCCUCCGUGGAAAGGAUGGUGAAAGAGGCUACUGUUCUGAAGUAAUGGUGAUCGAUGGGGAGAUAAUUCUUUAAAGAAUGGUUAUUUUAAAGGCUCUAGGACUGACUUCUUUGAAAUAUCCCCUGAUCUAGGCAUCGACAUAGAAAUCUCUGCGAGAAUCAUCUUAGGCUGUGAGCUGUGAAACCACUCCUCUAAAAAUGCUGGAAAACCAAACUGCCGCCUGCUCCGUCCCUCGAUCUUGCUCCUGAUGGCGCUGGUCCUCGUCCUCCUUGGCUACGGGAUCCUGAGCCCCGGAGGAGGCCGCAUGCUGGGGAGCCUGGGAGCCGGCACGGCUGUCAGAGAACCCGACAGGCUGCAAGUGGUCACGCUGUCCAGGAAGGCCUACCCGCAGCCGAAGGCGCUGACGCCCCCUCGGACAGACGUCCUGGUCCUGACCCCCUGGCUGGCUCCCAUCGUCUGGGAGGGGACGUUCAACAGUGACAUCCUCAAUGUGCAGUUCCAGCUCCAGAACACCACCGUUGGAUUAACUGUGUUUGCCAUCAAAAAGUACGUGGUCUUCCUGAAGCUGUUCCUGGAGACGGCGGAGAAGCACUUCAUGGCGGGGCACCGCGUCAUCUACUACGUGUUCACCGACCGGCCGGACGCGGUGCCGCGCGUGGCGCUCGGGCCGGGCCGGCGGCUGCAGGUGCUGCGCGCGCGGCCCUUCGCGCGCUGGCAGGACGUGUCCAUGCAGCGCAUGCAGAUGCUCAGCGAGGCCGCUGAGCAGGGCUUCCUGCGCGAGGUGGACUACCUGGUGUGCGCCGACGUGGACAUGCAGUUCCACGACCACGUGGGCGUGGAGAUCCUGUCGCCGCUCUUCGGCACCCUGCACCCCGGCUUCUACGGGCGUCCCCGCGAAGCCUUCACCUACGAGCGCCGGCCGCAGUCCCAGGCCCACAUCCCCUGGGACGAGGGCGACUUUUACUACUCGGGCGCCUUCUUCGGGGGGUCGGUGCCCGAGGUGCAGCGGCUCACCAAGGCCUGCCACCAGGCCAUGCUGGCCGACCGCGCCAACGGCAUCGAGGCGGUGUGGCAGGACGAGAGCCACCUGAACAAGUACCUGCUGUACCACAAGCCCACCAAGGUGCUGUCCCCCGAGUACAUGUGGGACCAGCAGCUGCUGGGCUGGCCCUCGGUCCUGCGGAAGCUGAGGUUCGUGGCGGUGUCCAAGAACCACCCGGAGAUCCGGAAGUCUGAAUCUGGGGGCCAGCCUGCCGGCUCUCGGGAGGGCUCCCCGGAGGGCGCAGGACGGGCUGGCCGGGCCGUGGGAAACUAG